AUGAACAAGCCAAACGGGUCUGAACAACAACCACCGUCACGCGGAAUGAAGCAAGAGUCAGGAGGCCCAGUUACUUCAUCUACGACGCCGGGUACCAAUACUGGCCUAGAAAACUCUCAUUCCAUGGGGGCGGAUAUGGAGCCUGAUGUUGGUGCUACCUCUCCUCGCCAUCUUCUUAAUGGGUACAUUUACGAUUAUUUAGUCAAAUCUAACAUGCAAAAUUUGGCUGAUCAAUUUGCCCAAGAGACGGAGCUCUUAGAAACAGACUUGACAGUACCAAUGGAUACGCCUUCAGGCUAUCUUCUAGAAUGGUGGAUGGUAUUCUGGGACCUUUUCAAUGCCCGCCUAAAGCAACGGGGUUCACAGAAGGCCCACCAGUAUAUUCAGUUGAACAUGCUACGACAACAGCAACAGAGGACCAUGCGAAAUACAGCCCGUGUUCAAAAAGUCCCGUUGAGGCCACACACCCAAUCAUCUCCUUCAAUGUCACAGACUUUUAUUCCACAGCAGCCUCAACAGCAAGCACAGGGACAACAGCACGCCCAGGCUCAAGCCCAAGUGCAAGCACAUCAGCAAGCCCAACACCACGCGCAGGCACAAGUGCCAGUGCAACCGCAACAGCACCAGCUAGGAGGCCAAACUCAACAGCAGCAAUCCAUUAACACUGGGUCUCCUGCGGGUCCAAAUGCUAUCAACUCGCGUGUUCAACACUUAGCACAACAACAGAUGAAUCACCUUCGCCAGCAGGCGACUGCCACUACGCAACAACCUAUCCCGCAACAGAAUAUCCCAUCAAACCAACAGGGUCCUACAGGCCCUUAUCCUACUUCCCCUUCAAGAAGACCGAGAUUACUGUCUAACGAAUCGGGUGCAAGUGCACCCUCUGUAAUGACAAAGUCACAGCUCCAAGGAGUCCCUCCCUCACAACAACCACACCAGCAGCAAGGUCAGCAGGUAGGCCCCCCUAAUCAACAUCAAGGUCAAUCUUCUUCCUUUUAUUCGGGCAUGCCUCCUCAAGGGGUCGUGGUUCCUCAUCAGUUCAAUCCUCAGCAGUAUGCCAAUAUGCUAGCAAGACAACAGCAUGUACAAGCUCAACAACAGGUUCAGUUACAACAGGUCCAACAUGUACAACAGAGACAACAGCAAGACCAACAACAACACCGCCUGUCCGCCGGUUCACCGGGGCACCCUUCAUUUGGCGUUUUUCAACAACCUCCUCCGAUGUCAAACCAUAAUCAGGUCAUGAUCAAUCAGCAGGGAGAAACUUUUUUUGAUCCACAUUCUCCAUAUGCUCAACCUAACGGGUACCCCCAGCCACAGCAACAACAACAACAACAGCAACAACAACAACAACAGCAGCAACCGCAACAGCAGCAGCAGCAGCAGCAGCAACAGAAGCAGCAACCACCACCACCACCACGACAGCCUCAGCGCCAACAAGCGAUGGCCAUGGCUCCUCUGCCUCACUCUACUUCUGCCGCCGGUACUCCUCACUCGUCCACCACACCUAGAUUCUCGCAACCUGGUCCUGUUUAUCAGCAGCCUUUACCUGCAUCUCAACCGCAACAUUCUCCGCCUUCUUCUAUUCAGCAGCCGGAGCUAGUUCCAACUCCAGGGUCACAACAUCAGCAAAUAGCACAACCACAAUCACAGAGCCAACACCAGCAAUCGCAACAGUCUCAAUCAAGUGCUUCUAAAAUUGUAGGUAUACAGGAGUAUCAGAAAGAGCUAAUGAUGCUUGAGAAACAGAACAAACAGCGUCAUGACAUGGCAUGUAAGAAGGGAAGCGGGCAUUUUUCUAACUUUGAUCCAAUUCCAGAGCACACACCGCCCGAACCAAAAUUUAAUGUGAAUGUAAUGCUCCCUCCCCAGAACUCUGCAGUGGUCACGAAGAAUACUCCCGGAACUUCACCUGGUACACAAACUCAAAACACUGCACAUAGUACUGGUAACACUUCUGCGGGGUCUACACCAAAUAAUGUCGCACCUGUACGAAAGAAAAAGGAGCCAGCUAAAAAGAAGGCAAAGAAAGCUACUGAGCCCCCGACUCCCACUACUCCACAGACUCCAAUUGCAGCUAGGACACAUCAAAACUCUACAGGCGGCAUUCCUGGUAAUAAUGCUGCUACUAAGCGACGAAAACGGGAGCCGCUGGUUGAUCAAACUGUUUCACCUAACCUUAACGAAGCUUCCAAGUCAACAAAGACCGGAAAAAUUUCAUCUCAAACUGACUUUACAGGUUCUGACAAUGGAUUCUUACAGGAUUUUGGCGAUGGAACUGGUCCUCCCACUGGAACCGAUGAUAUGGAAUUUGAUUUUAACAGUUUUCUUAAUAACGAAACUGGCGAACCUAAUAGUUCAACCAUUCAUUUUGACAAUGUAUUCAAUUGGGGAGAAGGUACCGAAGCCGGAGAUUUAUAG